GUUUCCUCAUACAAGAACCAAUAGCAGGCUCUGCAAAGGGUUCUUUUUAGAGGGUCCAGCCAAUCCGGAGACGAAGAUAAGAGGGUAACGAGGGCGGCGCUUGGUGCCCUCGCACAGCAGUUACUCGCGAGGUGUUCUGCCGUGAGGGCGCUGGAUGUUCCAGGCCAUAUGGACCACAUCAGCACCACGUGAUUGCUCAUCUCUAUAAAUAUAAACUGCGUGUAUAAUUUUUUCUGGUCGAAUACGUGGAUGAUUUAUUGCAAAUCUCAUCAUCAUCAGUACAAUGCAAGUUAUUGUGUCGUGGUGAGCUAAUGCACUUUAUGGAUGGUGUCAUAAUUCUUCAUUAGUGAUACGUUCACAGUUGCCGAUAUUCGACGGUAGUCUAACGACAUAUGGACUACAAAUAAAGUAAUUUUUAAUUAAUUAAUUAAUUAAUUUUCAUUCUAGCUGGAUAACGUACAUUUCUAGUUAUUUUUCGAAAGGCUUGAUUUUUUCCUACAAGUGAAGAAAAAACAGUUGCCUAUGAUCGAGCUUCUGCCAAGUGUUGGUGUGCAAUAACUCUGUAUUCACGGCAGUGGCUCGUGUAUCUACCAUCUUGCAUCAUAUCCCAUCAGGCUGAGAAAAUUGCCUUCGCUUCCUGAAAUGGAUCGGAGCGCCCCCAUGAACGGCCUGUCAUAUCACGGCCUGAUGGGUGCAGAGAACUUAUUCCUGAGUGACCUGUCCCGACACCAGCGCACCAACAGCAACCCUCCUCCCCCACUGACCCAUCACUCGUCCCUUCUGCACAGACGACAAGACCUCAACACGCCUUCUUCAGGAGCUUUUUGCCCUCCAUUUCACUUCUCGCCUUCAGUGCGUCCUUCUCCGUGCCUGUCAGAUCUUUCGACUCGAGCUGUUAAUUCAGAUUUCGGCUACGCCUCCAACAACGAAAAUCGAAACCCUUCUCCGCGAGUAAAAGAAGAACGACCGGCGGAGGAACACACUGAUGGAUCUGGCGUGAGCGCCGAGGAGGAAGAAAGUCCCACGUCGAGCAGCGCCCAGAGUUACCUCCUCGAAAACUCCAACGUGCGUAAAAUGCGUCAGCAGAAAACCGUCCGACUCUCCAUCAACGCUCGCGAGAGACGCCGCAUGCACGACCUCAACGACGCCCUGGACGAGGUGCGCAGUGUCAUCCCUUACGCGCACUCGCCCUCCGUGCGCAAACUAUCGAAAAUUGCAACACUUUUACUCGCCAAGAACUACAUACUGAUGCAGGCGAAUGCCAUCGAAGAACUGCGGCGGGUGGUGACUUACCUCAACCAUCCAGGUGCCCACCUCACCCAUUUACCCCCAUCCGCUCUCAUGGACCCAAGUGCAAUGCUCGCCAGCGAUAAUUUCCCAGCGUUCCGGACUUCUAUGGGCAAUACGGCGGGGGCUGAAUCUUCCUCCAAGCCGCAGCCGCAACAACGACCCCAGCAACGACCUCAGCAGCAACAGCUCCUGUCUGAACAUCAUCCGCAACAGCCUCCGCCACCACUCCCUAGUAAUACUCCUCUUUUCAACGGCCAUUUCAAGUCAUCCCUGCAAUAGAAUUUUUGUUCUUGACAGUUGUUUCUUCAUUUCUUCAACAGUUGUUUAUUCUACCGCGCCCCAUUUAGUUUCUACUUAUCACUGACCACAUAAUCUGAGUUGAAUUACAAGAUCCGUGAAGAAUUAACGGAAUUGUAUUCCGUUGAUUUCAAAGUUGUCUUGUUGAAGGUGCUCGUGAGCAUUUGUAAAGUUAGGUACUGUGCUUAUUAUAUACUUGGGAUUAACAUAGAUACAUGCUGAGCGAAAUUGUAGUAUAAAUGUUCCUUUUGAUUUCAACAAAUUGUAUCAUGUGUAAAAAAUGACCUAAUGUUCGGAAAAAAUGUAUUGCUCGAAAAGAUCCAUCGCUUGCACUAUGCAAUUAUGUUAACACUGUAACACACGAACACGCACACAUUCACUUCGAAGUGUAUGUUCAUGACUAUAUUAACUCCGAGAUGGAGGUUCACGUCAGUUCCAUUCGCAACUUGAUUCCUGAACCCACGUAUUCUGCAUUGAUCGAAUGUCAUGAACAACAUAUUUUGCUUAUUUUUUAGAGCUUUGGUUGAAAAAUUAUCUUGCCUCUCGUAUAAUUUCAGAUAAAUUUAAACCAUUCUAUUCGAAUAAAUAGACACGCGUGAUCAUUUCAGGUACCGACUUGGAUGACUGAAUGGAAGCGAAACUUUUCAAUUAUACUACUGUUAACAACAUUAUUAUAAAUUGUCAUACUGAAAUGGUGAUACAAUCUGCGUUCUUAAAAAAAAUGUCACUAAAAUGACAAACUUGUAAAUAGUGUUAGUUAAUUUAAAUUUAUUUGAUAAACAAAGUAAGUGAAAUUAGUGUACAUUGCAGCAGGAAGGAAAGAAUAACCGAUAUUAUAUACAUGCAAGUACUUGUGUAAUUAUGAUUAAUGUUUUACGAUAUAAUGAGCAGUGUUUGGGUGCAGUCCGAGCAAAGCAAUCCUCAUGAUGACGAUGCGGAAUUUUAUUAUACGUAUGGAUCAACGUUACAAUUUACAGAUCUCUCGUUUUUGUAAUUUUUUUCUUGAGGAUUGGUCUUGGAAUGAAUUAAUUCGGAGAACGUGUAUGAAAUAGUCAAAACUCCGCCGUGUCACGGAGCAAUAGUUACGAGAUCGUAGGAAACGAAUCCUGAAACUUUUAACUCAUGAUUAUUAAGCAUAAAUUGCCAAUGAAUUAUAAAUUAUCAAUUAAGUAUAGACGAAUCGUAAUGAAACCCUGUCAUAAGAAUGUUAUGCACAACGUUUCGGGGGCUGCAUGGGCUGGAAGGUUUUGGUGUUCGUUGCUCCAUCGGGCAGUUGAUCUUGCUUAGUCCAGUUGAUUUGUACUAUGUAAAAUAUUAUUAAAUUAUAUUUUAGGCAUUCUCACGUAUAACUUUGAAGCAAGAUCUCACUUAGCGAAGCAUGAUUCAGAAGACGUAACUUUCGCGCUAAUUUUGGUUGCUAUUUGUGCAUGACCCUUUUAAAUUGAUAAUUUUAUUGUGUCGCUUUGUUUUUUGUUUGAGGGAGCAACGAGCACAAGUUCACACUUGCAUAUUAAUUAAUUCAGGCACAUUAGAAUUUACUGUGUUUCUUCUCAUUAGAGAGAGAAUUGUAUAAAUUAUUAGUGCUAACUAGAAUUACUCGUUUAAAAGAUGCAGUGAUCGAACUGUGUGGAUCAACUCAUUCAUCUAAAUCAAACGCCUCUUUUCCAAAGAACAAAUUGAAUGAAAACAAUAGAGUAUCAAAUCAAUUCUGUUGGAGGAUAUCCUGUGGCGACGAAGAAUCACACUCGUGACCGGAGCAGGACGAUCCAUGCGGCAGCGCUCUCGUUGCUUAGGAUUUAGUAUUCGUCAUCUAUUCAUUCGUUCACAAUGGACCAAAAAAUUGAUCCCAUUGUCCAGUUUUAGCCGCCAUACGGUUGGCCGGUCCAAAUUCAGCAAAGAUUUCUUGAUGUAGAUUCUGCGCUGAAAUCAGCACAAGGCUGCGCCACGAGAGGUCCGUGAGCGGCGUGUUGCUGUGGUGAAGCGACGCAGCGUAGUUCCCCUCGGUCGGCAGAUGGUGUGAUGGGGUGUACGGGCAUUGUUAGCUCCUCUCCCUGCCCUCUUAUGUUAUUAUGGCUCCAUCUCCUCUGCUUCCAACCCUUAGGCAGUCCUUGCCAUAUGACACCAAAACUCAUAGUUUUAUUUCUUCCCAAAUUACAAAAAAUCCAAAGUUACGUAAGAAAAAUCUCCAUUUUCAACGUUUCCCUCCUAUUUGAUUUGAUACUUUGCAGGCCAAUUUCUGCAGAUUUUAUCAAAGUUUGAGUAGAACUUGUACCCAGAGUUGAGUCACGGGUCGAUCCUUCCCUCGCGGCUCGGCUCUUGUCACGCUCUUUAGGUUCUCUUGUUAAAAGCUCUUUAGGGAUAGACGAUAUCGGGUGACUUUUAGCAGUAACUACAACGGGUGCCAUGGCCUUUGUUCCAUCGCAGCUGUUCGCUUUGUGUGCGUUCCUUAAAUGCGUUUGCAGUAAUUUAUAAGUUUCCUCGUGGCCCGCGCGAGAGAUUGAAAGAUCAUUUUCAGUCAUUAUUACUGUCGAUGUAAUGAUUAUAAUACAACGUUAGAACAGCAUUCAAAAACUCGCCAGUUAAUUUUGCGCCACUAUGACACCGUGUUGCGCUCAACACUGAUAUUUUAGACUUAUAUUUACUGGACUCUCGUAUAAGUUAAAUGUUGGGAACAACGUUAUACUCCUGAAGCUACCUGAAUUAAUAACAAUUCUUUUCAUAAAGGAUUCUCGCUUACUUCUAAACUUCCUGAGAUGCGUUUAAAGUUUUAAUUAAUUAGUUCUUAUACUUGAUCUGUAAAAGAUGCUCUUGUAAUAUAUAGUUGAUAAAUAUGUUCGCAUGUAAUUAUUUGCAUGUACAUAUUGCGAGAAAAAGUCCCAGAAAUGUUAGACAUGCCAUCCCUCAAAGCGUGCGCAGCUGACACUAGUCUACAUGCAGGUAUAAAGCAGGUGCAUGGUGGCAGAAAAAUAUCUACUGUACAACAAUUCUUCGAAGAGCAUUGAAUUAAUAUAUCUACGAAUCGUAAUUCGUUAAUCGUACUCUUGUGCGGUUAAAGCUAAAUGAAUCCAACAUCAACGAUAAAUGAAAUAUGAAUAUAACUUACUGCGUAAAUGCAAGUAAAUAUAUAUAAUUUCGACAUUUUUUCAACUCAUCUUGUCCUAGAAUUGUUACUGGUUAGGACAUGUGGAUAUUUGUCUGUUCAAGAUGGCCGUUUCUAGUUUAUUUAUGCAAAUAGACUAUCAUUUUGUCAACUCACACUCGCAACGAAUUUACUCAUUAAUGUUUUGUAUAACUGCUCGAGACUGUUCAUUUGCUAAAAGAGAUACUGGUGGAGUAGCCACAAUUUACGUAGCUUAUUUACGAGCUGCGAUUGAAUGGAAAAAUAAAGAAAUUAGAGCUUGUGUGCAUGGCUAUGUCGUGAACAUUUUUAUAGAAGACAGCAUCAUAAUUAAAGAAACAUUUCAUUAUGAAUAUGCAACAGAAUAUGUCUCUUGCAUGUACAUUUGUCGAUUUAAAAUUUUUAAUGUAAUGUUUUGCCUA